CCUUACACGCGCCUCCAAGAUUCGUGACGUCGACUUCGUUGAAAUCAUGUCAACAACACUCUCGCGCCGCUGAUUGUUGUCGAUUUCCUUCAAUGGAAUCUUUGCUGUUCUUGCUUUAAGUCGCACUUGUCAAACAUCAUUUGUUAUCGGGCAAAAUGACCUUCUGGGACCAGAAAGGUCGUGCUGCGAUCUUUGCCGCGGUAGAAGCCGCCUGUGAUACGGUUGGAAAGGAUCUCGACGCAGAAUUCCGCGAAAAAGAUGCGUUCUCUGCGGCCGAGAGGGAGACGUUGAUGGCCAAAGUCGAUCAGCUAGAGAAGAUGAACCAGGCGUUGAUGAAAAACCUUGGGGAGCUCAUCAAGAAAGUCAACCCCGUCUCGUCUUCCACUACUUCAAAGGAAAUCACUACCAGCGAUCAAGAUGUUCCAGCAUCAUCAGACACUCUCCUGGAGGCACCACAACAAUCGACAGGUACAACGUCGCGUUCAGUCCUUGGAGAAAUCUCACCUAACACGGUUACUGGGACAACACGCGCCACUGUCAAGGAUGUUACUGCGGAGACGGACAAAGACAAAGAAUUGGCGGCUCUAAGGAGACGCUGCGAACGACUGCAAGCGAAAUAUGAUGAGAAAAGGAGGCUCGCGCGGCAGGUCGUUGAUCAGCGAAAUGGAUGGUUAAAAUAUGCCGAACAUCUAGAACGAAGGAUUCUUGAGCUUACCGGAACAAACCACCGAGAGGGGGGCGAUCCGAAGCGUCCAGCACCAUCCGUUACGGUACCGGACGAAUUGCCGACUCUACCGACGGAAAAUGAUGCAGCACAUGAAGUGGCCAUUAAGGAAGAGCCAUCUUCCGAUGGGCCUGUUGUCGUUUCCGAGAGGCGUGUCCGGAAGAGGAGAAAUAGCGACACCAGUGGUGAAGCAAGGCCUAACCCUCGCAGAGUCAAGAGAGAAAGCUCGGAUCCUGUGAUAACAAGCGUGGUGCCCGCCUUCAUUCCACAAGAGAGUGACGACCUUAAUGAGACAACAUAUGUGAUGCCCACACCGAAGAGGCGUGGACACCGGGACCCGCCUCAACCACCAGCCAACAAUGCCGCGGAAGACUCAAUAAUUGAUCAGCCAGCUCUUGCACAAAAUAAAGGCAAAGACAACGUCACUUCCAGAACCCCCAAACCUGCGGCACGGUCAGAGUUCAGACUUGGUCAUGCUAUAGCGGAUGUCGCAGAAGACAGCCCCGAGCCUUUUGAUCUCGAAAAGGAACAAAGCAAAGGUGGACCGUCGGACUCGGCCACACCGAAGCCUGGAAGAUUACAAAGUCUUCUCAAUACCAACACACCGCUACAGCGCGAGCAGCGUCUGCAAACGCCGGCUAGGGUUCCGGCGGUCGGAUCAGGCAGCCACAGCGCUCCAAACUUGCGGCGUGCUCGAGAUAUGGCAAAGUCAACUCCGCUCCGAGAACGGGCGGUUUCUGAGUUGAGGUUAGAAGACUUCAAGGUCAACCCAAAAAUGAACAACGGCUACACCCAUGCUUUUGACGAAGUAGUACGUGGGAGGGCAGAGCGUGCUAAGCUCGAGGGUUGCACCGAUCCAAACUGUUGUGGCAGGACUGCCCGUAUCUUGGCGGAGAGCGAGCUCAGUUCAGGUGGUUCAGCCCAUCUGCUGAAACCAGAAAACAUCGCGUUGAUGGAAGACUAUUUGGGGCCAGAGAGCUAUCGGCUGGGAACUAUGACGGUGGACGAGAAGAAGGAGGUCUGGUUGAAGGCCAAGACCAUAGCUGUGGCCAACAGCUUCGGGAGGCACAGGCACCAAUUCGAACGAAGGCGUUCACCUCCGGGUUAUUGGGACCCAGACUUCCCCGGCACACAAGAAGAGAAGGAACGGAGAGAAGAGGCAAAGAGGCGGGAGAGGGAGACGGUAGAGAAGAGAUGGCGUGAGGCCAUGCGAGGCAAUGGGAGGUGGCUCUUCAGGGAUGAGUAAAGGGUAACCUGAGCCUAUCCUAACUCCUGUGAUGAACUAGGAGCUCCUGAACAAGUAUAUAACAGUACAUAUCAUUCAUGACAGAUAUCACAUGAAACUUGAAGCGCAAAGCUUCCAUUAA